GUGCUUGUGCAGGAGUGUGCACAUGGGGCCACUCAGUGGCCAACUCGUUUACAUUUGGUAGUUGGCGACUCUAAUGAGCUACAAGUCUUGAACAGUCGUGCAUCACAACUGUACAUUGUUGUGACAGCAUCUUACAGUCCACCCGCGUUUGUCUUCAGUUUGAGUCAUGCAAACAAUGCCAGAAUGCCAUACAGACAGACGCUAUGUCUGCUACAGCCAGUGCAGCAAACAAGCUAGUACUACCGAAACCACCGUCCGAUAACAGUUUAACUACAAGCGGAACGCGUUGGAAAUAUGUAGUCUAGACCGCUUACGACGAAUUGGUAGCAAGUGUAUAAUGAUACAAGUGCAACACUCAACGAAUUGUUUGAAACUCACGUUGGGCGACUCCACAUGGCGCUCACUGGCACUGGGUCUGCUGACUAGAUGUUUCCAUGGAAAUAAGAUGAUACUAACAAAUAAGUUAACCUAGCUAGCUAACAAGGUAUCAACAAUCAACCAGUAAUCAUGGGUAAGAAAUCAUCUGACGAAGACAAAAUUACACUGGCUGAGGCGUAUACCAAUUUCCAGAUUGAACUGAAAACAAAGGAAAUAAAAGAGUUUCAGGAAGAAAUCACUCAGUUGGAAACAGAGAAACGCAGACUGACCGAGCUGAGAGAGCAGCUGAAGGAGGAACAGACGGGUCAUAUUAGGUUGUUAAGGAAGCAGGCCAAGGAGCAGGAGACAAAGUUGAAACAGAGAGAGGCGGUCAACAAGGAGCAGGUGGAGCAAGCCCUCCAGCAGAACCUGGAGCUGGUCCGCAACCAGGAGGGAGAACUGGCAGAGCUGCAGAGUGAACUGAAGUGCGUGGAGGAAAAGGUGCAGGUCUUGCUGGCUGAGAGGCAGGUCUGGCUGGAAUACAAGAAUGUGGGGAGCCAUGAGCACCAGCAGCAGAUCAGGCAUCUGGAGGCCGAGCUCGCUCACGUGCAGAGAGGCUUCCAGAACAUGGCAGACAAUAUCAAACGUUCUCUCGAGGUGACAUUCAAUGAAAUAGACAAGAAGACCGUUGAGCUGAUCGAGGAGAAGCAGCAUCUGGCUACAGAGAAAGCGAUCAAACACCUCGACAAGAACAGCAGGCAGGAGGUCAGAGAGAGCGCGUGGCUGCAAAGAGAGCUUGCUAUUUACAAGAGAGAGGUGUCUAUAACCGAAGAGGCCGUCCAGAGUCUGGAAGCAGAAAACCUGGAGCACAUGAACCAGUUGUUUGAUCAGCGCCUGGAUGACCUGCAGAUCUCCAGAGACAUCUUCCUCACUCAGGCCUCUGGACUGGGAGCUUAUGACUCGACGGCCCAGGAGAGUGCCACAGGCAUGGCAGAUUGUAGCAGCCCAGCUACUGGGCCGGAAGCCAGGGGGUCUGAGGGGCAAGGCAGACUUCUGGAGGAGGAGGAACCAGAAGGCAGCUGCGACGCCGCAGCCCCCCAGCCAGCAGACGAGCCCCCUCGGGACCUGGGUGUUCUUCUGUACGGGAGUCAGACGCACCUGCAGGAGGAAGCCAGGCACUUGGGGCCUCUGGAGCUGAAGUUGCUGAGUGUCGUUGGCCAGGCCAUGCCUCUGCAUGCUCUCCCCUCCGAAGAGCCCUCCUCCUCGGGCUCCUACGCCCCAGGACUGCCCCUGGCCGCUGAGGAAUGGCCCCUUACAGCCAAGAUCAUUCGCAACCGAUUCAAGUAGCCUGCCCAGGCAGCCUACCAACUGUUAGUUACAGAUUGUGGAUUGAAAUAUAUUGUUCAAUAGGUUAUUACACAAUAAAAUGAAUACGUAGGCAAGAUGGCACACACUUGUACUAGUGACUAAACCCCCAUCUGUGCAUAUUAAUCAGUCCAUGUUCAACAAACUCUAAAGACAAGAAUUGUGUGGAAGCUGCACUUUAUUGGAAAAUCAACCGAAGUCUGCAUACAUACAUUUCAUAUAUAUAUAUAUAUAUAUAUAUAUAUAUUAUUUGCAGGGACAAUGCUGCAAAUAUGCUUAAUUAAUGAAAAGAAUCACCUUCACGUUCUGACCAUCCCUUGUACUAACAGAUAGGCAGGAUCUGGUUUAUAUGUACAACAAAGCACCGAUCAACAGUGCCAUUUUCUCCUGGCUCUGAUAGGCCCAAUAGCCAAUUUACAAAGACAGAACUCAAACUUUUUUUAAUAUUUUUAAAUGGCCAUUUGCUUUAGGACCAGGGCCACACCUUACAACCUGAUCAAUGACAACCUCAGGUGUUGGUCUAUAGUACUAGACAGAGAGAUGGUCUGAGCAUGAAGGAGACUCUGCACAUUUAGGUUGGAAAGGCAGCAGUAAGAAUAGUCAAUGUGUAAUAAAUGACAUGCCAAGCGUAAAGCAUAAAUGUGUAUCCUUCCCAAUUUGAAUGCCACCAAAUCACAAAUGUAGUGAAAAUGCCCCCUUCCGCCAACCCCAAACUCAUAGAAUUUGCCAUGUGGAUUAAUGCGUUUGUCCAUAUUGACCUGGCGAACAGGAGGGUUACGUUUUUGCCACAGAACUGCACGAGACAUUACGCCAGUCCAGAGAAUAUUUAGUGCCUCAUCAGUCAGUGAACAAGUCUCAUCUUUUUAUUCGUCUUUAUAUUAACUUUGAACUCAGUCACUCUCAAAAUCCAAUUAUACAAUCAAUCAUACCCAUGUAUAAACCUGAAUACCUCCCCAAGGAAGAGUUCAAGUUCAAUGAAUUACUUCUCUCAUGUCCUCACUUGGUAAUAAAUACAAACAAUACACAAGGAAUGUCUACUGCAAACGUAAUACAUUAAAAAAUAUAAA